AAAAACUAUAGGAACAUAUCCAUGUAACCAAAUAGGCGCAGCAAAGAGGUAAUCGAUAUAGGCUACCCAUCGUGUCGAAAAUACAUCAAACCCUGUGAUGUAUACAUACCCAUGGAGAUUUAUAUCAUAAACCAUCUAUGUAAACGCCAAAAUUCCAAGCCUUCAUGAAGAGGAAGCGUUGAAAUGGUAUUUUUCCUUUCUGAAGUCAUUUACAGAAAUAUCGAUGAUUUAUAUGCAUAGAUGUCAUUCCGUGCGCUGAGGUUUUCAUAUAAAAAGUCUAAAAUGUCCUUCUUUCCUCCAACUUAACUACGUUCACAAGAGAAUUCACCAAGUCAAAUCUUGAAUUUGGUUUAUUUGUCCAAUCCCAGACCAUCCUUUCUAUUUAAUCGACAUACUUUUCACAACAAAAUGCGCCUCGUUUCCAUCCAUCUUUUAUUGACGACUUUAAUUGUUUUUAUUGGAAUUUGUUUUGCAAAUGUCAUCGACAGAAGAGAUGUGAAUGGUGGUGUUUCCAGCGCCAUUGACAGAAGAGACGUAAAAGGCCCUGUUUCAAGUGCCAUCGAUAGAAGAGAUGUGAAUGGCGGUGUUUCCAGCGCCAUUGACAGAAGAGACGUAAAAGGCCCUGUUUCAAGUGCCAUCGAUAGAAGAGAUGUGAAUGGCGGUGUUUCCAGCGCCAUUGACAGAAGAGACGUAAAAGGCCCUGUUUCAAGUGCCAUCGAUAGAAGAGACGUAAAAGGCCCUGUUUCAAGUGCCAUCGAUAGAAGAGACGUAAAAGGCCCUGUUUCAAGUGCCAUCGAUAGAAGAGAUGUGAAUGGUGGUGUUUCCAGCGCUAUUGACAGAAGAUCUGUUCCUACUUCUGCUGCAAACGGAUACUAACACAAAAUAUGUUCCUCUCUGCUGUUAUGAGUUACCUGUUCUUUUGCUGGCUUAAACACAUGUUUAAUCCUCAAGAUUGACUGGUCGCAUCCGAAACGCUGUAUCCUCUUUUGCUGAGACGUUGAAGGCUUCCUUUCCUCAUCUAUAUGAAAUUAGUUAAGCCCGACACAUUAUGAUAGUUCCGAAAGAGAUGUACUCAUGAAAUACAUUAAAUGAUAUACCAUUAUUUUAAAUGUAUAAUGGUAAUACACAAAGUCAUAGUUGUGCUAAUAAUUGUCGAUCGUAGCAGUCAAAAUCUUGAUAGAAACUACUUAUUAUUCCCUUAUUUAGUGGCUAUCUGUGCAGUUAGUUAUACUCCGUUUCCCUUAUUGGGGAUCUUUCUUUUUCCAUAGCUUAAAGAGGAUUCAAUAAUCACUCAUCACUUGCGGUAGUGAAUGUAUGUAGUC